GGCACCAUGCAUGGCCUGGGUACAUUACUGCUUUUCCACAUUGUGACAUCUCUUGGACAAAAUGUCCAUGGGAGUGACAUCAUACAUGGGGAAAGAGCACCCGAGAACUCAAUGCAGUACAUGGUCUCAGUGCAAAACAGGAAUGGUCAUGUGUGUGGAGGAUUUCUGGUGAGCGAGGACUUUGUGGUCACUGCUGCACACUGUGCUAUAGAUGAACCUGUGCGUGUUGUUGUGGGAACCCACAAGCUGUCAAACAGCAACAUGAGCCCAAUGAAUAUUGAAUAUGUCUGCAAAUAUCCAACUUAUGAAUCUGUUGAUCUUGGUGAUGACAUCAUGCUCCUUAAAGUAAGUAGAUAUAUUAAUACAAAUAACAUGCAUUUGUCCUUUUGUACAUCGAUCUUAAAUCCACAACUCUGUCGGGAGAAAUGGUGGAAUGGAUUUCCUUGUAAUGUGAUCUGUGCUGGUGGAUACAACACAGACAAAGGAUUUUGUCAGGGUGAUUCCGGUGGUCCACUGGUGUGCAACGGGGUAGCUGUUGGUAUUGUGUCAUUCAACAAACUUAACAACUGCACCUACCCAGAUGUACCCAACGUCUACACAGACAUAUCCAAAUAUCUUCAAUGGAUCAACAACAUUAUGAAAACGAAGAAAUGUGUGUCAUAAGCUUAUUACAGAAGGUCUUCCUGCUCAGGGAGUUGUUCAUUUAAUU